CAGCUACCCCAUCAAUCACCGGCAUUUAUAUAUAUUCCAUGGAACGUAAACCAACUGCACCUCCGCGGCGAGUAAUGGUGGUGGCCGAUCCAACCCGGGAAUCAGUGGGUGCACUCCAAUAUGCGCUUUCUCAUGCAGUACUCGAACACGAUGAAUUGAUCCUUUUCUUUGUUGAGAACCAAAAUACAUGGAGGAAUGCAUUUAUGACGUUACUCAAAAUACCUAGCAUCGCCUCUGUGGCUUUUGCUACCAUGUCCUUCGAAGGAACCGUAGGGGAGGACGUGGAUUUUCUUAAGGAAAUGAAGAAAGUUUGCGAAUGCGUACAACCAAAACUACGUGUCCGUGUAGAGAGGUUGGCAAUGGAGGAAGUCAGAGACAAAGCACACACCAUUCUACAUCAAAGCGACGUUCUUGGGGUCGAUACCAUAGUUGUAGGGCAACGAAGGAAAAUUUCAAUGGAUAUUUUAGGAUCACAUACGUGGCCUGGAGGGCGAGGGGUGAAAGGCAUAGACACGGCGGACUACUAGAUCGAAAAUAGCAAGCGGACUUGUGUUGCAGUACAGAAAAAGGGGUUAGACGGAGGCUACCUUCUCAACUCAAGAACCCACAAAAAUUUCUGGCUUCUGGCUUAA